GUUGGUUUGUAUGCGUCUCGGCGACGGCACCCCGGUCGGAGCCCACUGCUUCAAGGAGUCGGUCCACUCCCACCUGAAGUUGGCUGCACAGGCGCAGGACUCGGCCUACGCGAAGGCCGCGCUGGCUGCGUCCGCAGAUCCUCGCCAGGUCUCUGCACGAAGUGUGGGCAAGAGGACGCCUCUCAUGUGCUUCGCGGCUGGCGGCGAUCUGGAAGUUUGCCAGGCAUUGGUGGAGAGCGGUGCCGAGGUGCAGUGGAUAGAUGGCUACUGCUGUAAUGCCAUCCACUAUGCCCAAUCCAGGAAGAGGUCAGACGUGGUGGAGUUCUUGAAGAGUGUUCGAGUGGUUACGGAGGUGCCGCUGAAGCACACUUGCGCGCAGGACGUGGCGCAGUACCUCCUCAAGGCGGUCCAGGACGGGUGCUGUGGUGCCGUCCAUCGGGCAGCGACACACAUGCGGACCUUGCAGGCUUUGAUAGCAGAGGAAGACGAGAAGCCUCAGCUGCGGGACGUUCUCAGAUCUCGCUUCCAAUUCGAUCUGACCUUGCUCCACUUCGCUGUCAAAGUCGUUGCGAAUGUCGAUCCGGCGGGACAGGCAUGCCUGGCCUUGCUCACGGCCAAGGCCGAUCCAAGGAUCAAGGCUUUCGAGGGGGAGACACCCCUCCACUGGGCGGCCACCGACGGCUGCAGGGAGAUCUACGAUGAGCUCGCAGCUGCCGCCCGACGUUUAGAGGCCGAGGAGGCAGUUCGUGGACGCCUCGUCUCAGGCCAAAGCGGCUCGACUGAGGAGCUCCCCUCAGCAGUUGAACCGCUGCUGGCAGAGACGCAAAAGAUUCUGCGUCGGCGCCUGGUUCGCCUGGAGGUUGAACGCGAUGAAUGGCAGCGCAAAGCAGAUGAGGACUCCAGCAAGUGGCUGCAGGCCGCUGAGAGCAACGGCAGAUUCCCAGCGAUUUAA